AUGUCGAAAGGAAAUAAGAGCUUUCCUCAUCAUCAUGUAAACAAACAUUUUGUGAUACAUCUUUGGCUUCCCCACAUGUCGACCAAAGCGAGUCUUGAAAUUGUUUUUCAAGCUCAUCAUGAAAGGGUCGAUUGUAGCAUUAACAAAAUAUUACUGAAGGUCUGCAUGUGCAAAAUAUGA